UUUCUUGUUUCUCAUACCGAAAUCAGUUGCAGUUUAGCGGGGGGCCGCUUGAGGGCAGCGUGACGACACCCUAAAUUCUCCGAAGUGCUUGACUAGCCCCCCUUUUUAAACCCCUCCCCAACUCCUAUCCUGCAUCCCUGCGUGCGGGUAUAAAAGCAUCCCCUCCACACUUGACGCUCUCAAGUACAAACAGCGCAGCGUCGACCCUGAACGCAACACCCAUUGCCCCGCUCAACCAAGGAAACCCUCAUCAUCAUCGUCAUCAUUCUACCUCGGGACGCCCCCCUGCACUUUAUUUCAAGUUGGGUCAGCAGGACGUUUUUGUUGGGGAGGGGGCUUUUUUGUCUUCCCCGAAUCAGAGGACGACGGCUGGGCUGAAACCAGGCGAGACGCUCGGUGGUCCCAACAUGCCGACCACAUGGUGCUGCUGGGCGCUCCUGCUGUCAAUCAUCUCUCCGGGGCUCGGAGCUGACUUGAGAUCAGCAAAUAGCGACAAGUCCAAAAUCAAGUCCUACUGGUCUGCCGGCAGCAAGGCAGCUCAGACUCUGUCAGUCAGCCGCCUUCUGGCCCACACACUGGACGGCAAGGACAACUUCACCUCGGUGGAACUGGACUUCCACAUGGAGGAGGACUUGGAAUCAGACUCCAAGCGGUGGACCUGGCUCUACAACUCGUCCGCAUCUUCGGCCACGGGGGGGCGCUCCCGGGCCAAGAGGAGGCCCAUCGUAAAGACGGGCAAGUUCAAGAAGAUGUUCGGCUGGGGAGACUUCCACUCCAACAUCAAGACGGUCAAGCUCAACCUGCUCAUCACCGGCAAGAUCGUAGACCACGGCAACGGUACCUUCAGCGUCUACUUCCGACACAACUCCACCGGGCAGGGUAACGUGUCGGUGGGACUCGUACCGCCCACCAAGGCCGUGGAGUUCCAGGUCCACCAUCACCAGCAGCAGAACCACCACCAGCACGAGGUCCGGGUCCAGCAGCAGACGGCAGUUGAGAGCAAGGAGAGCAAGCUGUUCAACUGCCGCGUGGAGUACGAGAAGGUUGAACGCGGCACCCGGAACUCGCUGUGCGCCCACGACCCGUCGCAGAGUUGCCCUCAGGACCAGACCCAGAGCCACGUGUCCUGGUUGUGCUCCAAGCCCUUCAAAGUCAUCUGCAUCUUCAUCACCUUCCACAGCACCGACUACAAGCUGGUGCAGAAGGUAUGUCCCGACUACAACUACCACAGCGACACGCCCUACACGCCCACCGGUUGACCGGGACGAAGGAGGAAGAAGAAGCGGACUCAUCCCGGUCCUCAGCCUGGAGGCUGGUGACGGUGCAUUCAGGGAAGCUUGGUCAACUCCCUCAAAGUGAAUCAUGUAAAUAUGCAGAUGCCACUCAGACAGCGUUUAUCUUUCGUUUUGUUCGUCAUCUGUGGCUUUUUCCGGCUCAAUCACAGACGCCAAUCAGAUGCCAACAAUCAGUCGAAGAUGGGGAUUUAUUUUUUUUUUAUUCACUGUGAUCCCCUGUCCAUCACGGGAUUUACGUUCCAGACCAGCCAGUGAUUAUUGAAAAUCUGCGCUAUAGAGAGACCAUAUGAAAAAACGUUUGCGCCUGUUCUCACUCUCAUACUAAAAAAAAAAGGGAGACGAUUGUCACUUUGAGAAAAUGCAAAGAAGACUCUCACUUGCACAAUUUUCCAAAUAAGAGGUCGAGCGUGCUUGCUUCAAGUUUUUUAUUCAUCACUCCCUGUUGAACUAUAAAUUUGACCCAUAAAACAAAAAAUAAUUAAACAUUGUAUUUAAACAGCGGCACGGUGGACAACUGGUUAGAGCGUCUGCCUCACAGUUCUGAGGACCCGGGUUCAAUCCCCGGCCCCGCCUGUGUGGAGUUUGCAUGUUCUCCCCGUGCCUGUGUGGGUUUUCUCCGGACACUCCGGUUUCCUCCCACAUCCCAAAAACAUGCAUGGUAGGUUGAUUGAAGACUCUAAAUUGCCCGUAGGUGUGAAUGUGAGUGCGAAUGGUUGUUUGUUUAUGUGUGCCCUGCGAUUGGCUGGCAACCGGUUCAGGGUGUACCCCGCCUCCUGCCCGAUGUUAGCCGGGAUAGGCUCCAGCGCUCCCGCGACCCUUGUGAGGAGAAGCGGCUCGGAAAAUGGAUGCAUGGAUGGAUCUAUUUAAACACCAAAAUGUUCAAUCAAGCCAUAUAAUUUCAUCUGAUGAAAGGCCACUAGUUUCAUGCAUAGAAUGUGAAAUGCUAUAGACAUUAGCAUAGAUGUUACAAUACAUGUAAACCUUCAAACAACACAUUAGCCUAAUAGCAUAAUUGCUGUUGUCGUUUUUAAUGUACUGUUACCAAAUCAAUAAAACAAUAUCAGUGUACAGUGGUGCCUUGAGAUA